AGGCCAGUAGUGGUGGUAGCAGCCAGCGCGAACGCUCUGACACCGGAGAAGACACUUCAGUCCCAUUAAGGCUGCGGUGGCGCGCGGCUCGCGCUCUUUCCACCUCUCGUAAGAAGACACAUGAACGGUGACCACGUGGACACCUGUGCGCGACACACGCGAGAGAACUUUCCCGCGAACGCUUCACGCUGGCUCGGGCCGAGUUGUGUUCUGUUCCCUGGUGAUCGCUCGGCGGAUUCGAAAUCGUCAACCGUGGACACCAAAACAACCGUCAACCUGGAGCCCACGUGUCAGAAACGACGGAAAUGUGAGGCCGACGGAAAGGAGGCGAAGCCGGAGCUGGCACAACGCAAUAUGUUCCCUAGCGCUCAAAUUAAAAUGAGAUUGCUGUCGCCAAGCAGUUCGCCGGCCACGUCGCCCACAAUGUCGAAUUCCUCGUCGCCGACGCCGCCGACGCCGGCUACACCGACUUACAAUCAGAAGAUGACCGGGAUACCUUGCGUGGCCGCUGCUUCCAGGUACACAGCUCCAGUUCACAUCGACGUAGGUGGCACGAUAUACACGUCCUCGCUGGAAACACUGACCAAGUAUCCAGAGUCGAGGCUAGCGAAAUUAUUCAACGGCAACAUCCCCAUCGUUCUGGACUCCCUGAAGCAGCACUAUUUCAUCGACAGGGACGGCGGCAUGUUCAGACACAUAUUGAAUUUUAUGAGAAACUCCCGACUGCUGAUACCAGAUAAUUUCGCUGAUUUGGAUUUGCUGCUAGAGGAAGCGCGAUACUUCGACAUUGCACCGAUGUGCAGGCAGCUCGAACAGAUGAAGAAGGAGCGUAUAAAAAACGGUUCGACGACCACGUCGACGUCAUCCCCGAGUCCGCCUCCAGCCAGCCAGUUCAGCAACCGUGGCUCCGGUUGUACAACGGUGCCCUGCAACCGGGACUCCGAUAAAGUGCGGGGCAACGAGGGCAACUGCAGCUACGAGUGCGUCGCCUUGCACGUCAGCCCGGACUUGGGUGAACGGGUGAUGCUGUCGGGUGGUAGCGCGCUUUUGGACGAGGUGUUCCCGGAGACGACGCAAGCGGUGAUCGACGCUCGUUCCGGCGUCGCCUGGCACCAGCAGGACGCCCGCUACGUGAUCAGGUUCCCGUUGAACGGUUUCUGCAAGCUGAACUCCGUGCAGGCGAUCACCAGGCUGCUGAACGCAGGGUUCCGCGUGGUCGCCAGCAACGGCGGCGGCGUCGAGGAGCAACAGUUCUCGGAGUACCUGUUCGUGCGACAGGCCGUCAACACCUGACGGAGCACCGCGCACCAGCGCAAAACGAGCUCGAGGACGGUCCGCUGCCUGCAGCAGGAUCUGGACCACGAGUGAGUUGUCUCCAGGAGAAGAAUAUCGAAGACUGUGUCACGGAUGAUCGUCUGAUCCAGCGAAGCACCGCGCGCUGCUUCAGCUUCCGAGGAUCGUUCGGGAGAUUUUCGUACGUCGAGCGCGUUGAUUCGAACCUCUCUAACCUGCGCCCCGCUUCGGGCGUAGGGUUCUGAAAAUUGUCUGAAUAGCCGGGCCUCGCCGAGCGAGGACUUCGCGGGAUACGUCGAUGCAGGUUUUGCAUUUGAAAUUAAUUCUUCGAUCGACGAAACUCGGAUCGAAUAUAAAAAUUGAACGGUUCUUUGUAAAUAAUUGUCGAAGGACGA